UGCCGCUGUCAGCCACGUCACCGCCACACAACCGACUUCUGUGGACGCCUGGACCCGCUGCGGCUGCACAGGAAUCCGCCUACCGACUCUCUUUAAUAUCUCAUCGGCUUUGCGGCUUUUGCGGCUUUUGCGAACAUACAGAAGCCGUCAGUCCACGUCGCAGAAGAACCUUUCGCGUAUCUAAGAUUUACAUUUGUCUCUUGUUGCGUCUCCUUGGUCGUAUCAGAAGUUCAGGGUACUUUGUUUCCGUCUGGGUCAAGCCUCUGCUACCACAUACGGACUUGAUAGUUGGAUUCAAAGUGCAUCUGAGAGGUCGAACAUUUCACCAUGAACAUAUUUCGUCUAGCCGGUGACGUAUCCCACGUCGUGGCGAUACUCAUUCUUUUUCUGAAGAUCUGGAGGAGCCGAUCCUGCGCUGGAAUCUCCGGUAAGUCGCAGGUUCUGUUCGCGGUGGUCUUCACCAGCCGGUACCUCGACCUGUUCUCUGUCUACAUCUCUGCCUACAACACCAUUAUGAAGGUGGUGUUCCUCUCUCUGUCCUAUGCCACCGUCUACCUCAUCUUCAUGCGCUUCAGGAGCACCUCCACCUCCGAGCACGACACCUUUCGCCUAGAGUUCCUCCUCAUCCCCGUCGUCGGGCUUUCCUUCCUGGAGAACUACGCCUUCACGCCGCUAGAGAUCUUGUGGACGUUCUCCAUCUUCCUUGAGGCGGUGGCCAUCAUGCCCCAGCUGUUCAUGAUCACCAACACGGGCGAGGCUGAGUCCAUCACCACCCACUACCUGUUCUUCCUGGGGCUGUACCGCGCCUUGUACCUGGCCAACUGGGUGUGGCGCUACCACACGGAGGGCUUCUUCGACCAGAUCGCCGUGGUGUCUGGCGUCGUCCAGACCUUCUUCUACUGCGACUUCUUCUACCUCUACAUCACCCGGGUCCUCCGAGGGAGUGCAAAGAUGGGUCUGCCUAUGCCCGUCUAGAUGGACUGGUGUCCCCCCCCCGCCCCGCCCCCGAUGGAUUAGUGCCUUGAUGAGUGGAGGGCCUUGCCUCUGAUGUUUUAAGGCCUAAUCCCAUUUCUACCCCUUCCCCCUUCCCCUUCCCCCUCCCCCUUGUUUUGAAGGGGUAAGGGGAAGGGGUAAGGGGUACAAAUGGGAUUGGGCCUAAAUCUGUGUGUGAGUGUGUGUGUUUGUGUUUCAGAGUGAGUGUGUAUGGGUAUAUUUGGUUACCUAAGUGACAACAGCUGUGUGUGUGUGUGUGUGUGUGUGUAUGUCUGUUUCAGUUUGAGUGUAUUGAUAUAUUUUGUUACCGAAGCUACAACAGGUGUGAUUGCGUGUCUGUGUAGAACUUUUAUUAUAAAAAAAUACUGAGUGUUAAA